AAAAAACUUUCAUAUCAUUCACACUCACCCCUACACAUAUCAUACAGCCAAAGGCCAACCAAACACACAUGCAGACAAUGGAAGGACGACAAUAUAAUUACGAAGACAGCAGAAACACUAGCUCCUCCAUGGUGGUGCCUCACUCACCGUGGCACUCUCCAGUUCCUUAUCUCUUUGGUGGUUUAGCCGCCAUGUUGGCUCUCAUCUCCCUCGCUCUUCUCAUUCUCGCUUGUUCUUACUGGAGACUCUCCGGCUCUGCUCAGCGUGACCUCGAGGGUGGAGAUGAUGCCAAACCC